AUGCUGCGGGCACUGCUCGCUCUCUGCGCCGCAAACGCGUCGGAGAGCGUCCAGGUCCUCUCUGCCGGCUUUCUGAUAGACGAGAUCGCGACAGUCCCCUUCGACCAGAUCGCGAUCGCCGCUAGCGUUUACCUCGGCAUGUUCAUCGGCGGCCUCGGAAGUGGCGCAGCCGCUGACUCCUGUGGCCGGGUUGCACCGCGCGGCCAAUCGGGCGCGGCCAUCAUCGCCGUCUCGACCUUUUGGGUGGUGGGGCAAAUCCUCGCGGCAGCCCUCGCCCUUCUCCUCCUCCGCUCGGGGCCGGCGGCGGUGGCGGCUCCGUGGGCGUGGGGCGCUCGCUGGCGCAGCUUUGCGCUCUCGGCGGCGGCGGUGCCGGCGGCCUCCACGCUCGCCGUUUGGCGCUUCGUCGGCGAGGGGCUGAGCUUCGGGUACUACGGGCUCUCCACCUGGGUGGCCGUCCUGCUGCGGGAGGAGGGCGCGGCGGGCUCGCCGUACUACGCCUCUCCACGAGGGACGGCGCUCUUCUUCUCGCUGGCGGCGAUGCCAGGCAGCCUCGCCUCGGCGCUGCUCGUCGACCGCCGCGUCCCGACCCUAUUGGCGGCGACGUCGGCCUGCCUCGCCCUCGCCGCGCUCGGCGGCGCACUCGCUCCCGCGCCGCAAAGCAGCCGGAUCCGCGUGGAAGAGCUCAGCCCGCAGCCCGUCUCCGCGUGA